AUGGCGGCGCGAGCAGUAGGAGUAACCAACAUGAAUAGUCACAGCAGCAGAUCUCAUUGCAUCUUUUCUCUGCCUACGUCUACGUCUCUUAUUUGCCAGCAGGAUGGUUACCUGCAACGAGGCGAGCUUCACUUUGCUGACCUUGCAGGGCUUGAGCGAGUUGAUAGGACUGGUGCACAAGGACAAACGUUCGAGGAGGCUAAGAGAAUCAACUUAUCGCUCUCUGCCCUUGGCAACUGCAUCGCUGCUCUGGCACAGCCCGGAAGGAAUCACAUUCCCUUUCGAGACUCUAAGCUCACCUUCCUCCUCAAGAACUCUCUCGGAGGGAACGCCAAGACCACUCUCCUC